UCCUGGUCCCUCCUGGAGGGUGGACACCCCCUUUUAAUUUGCAAAUCAGUUGUCCCCAAAGGCUCGGACUCUGAAGUCAUGGAGCUGAGUACAUGGACAGCAAUGAGUGCCACAGGAAUGCCUCCGAAUCUGUGUCUUGCCCCUGGUGCUGUGCAGAACUUACGACUCCAGCAAAAGUGGUGAGGGCUGCCAACCCAAGACAGCGGAAAGGAAGCAAGGUUGGUGACUUCGGUGAUGCCACAAAUUGGCCAACACCUGGAGAAAUAGCCCACAAGAGUGUCCAGCAGCCGCACAAAGCACCAACCCUUCGGAAACUGCCUGUCAAGAAAGACAUGAAAGAGCAGGAGAAGGGGGAUGGGAGUGAUGGCAAAGAGAGCCUGAAAACCAAAUCAGAUGAGUCGGGGGAGGAAAAGAACGGUGAUGAUGACAACCAGAAGUCAGCGCAGAAGAAGAAAGGCAACAAACACAAGUGGGUCCCUUUGCAGAUAGACAUGAAGUCAGAGGUGCCUAGGGACAAAACCGCCUCUCGGAACAACCGGCAAAACGAGCAGCACAGGCACCCCUCCAACAACCGCAGCGAGCUGAAAGGCUGGCACCCAGACAACAAGCACGAGCGCAGCUGGCAGGACCACGACGAGACCUCCAGCGUGAAGAGCGAGGGAGGGGCUGUGCGAGGGACCUUCCGGGGCCGAGGCCGUGGCCGUGGCAGGGGCCGUGGCCGUGGCAGAGGAGGUGAUCACUGGCACUUUGACUACCAGUAUGGGUACCGGAAAUUCGAGGGCUCGGAUGGCUCCCGCACCCAGAAGUACGCCAGCAACAUCACCUACUACUUCGACAACAUCAGCAGUGCUGAGCUCUACAGCGUGGACCAGGAGCUGCUCAAAGACUACAUCAAGAGGCAGAUAGAAUAUUACUUCAGCGUGGACAACCUGGAGCGGGACUUCUUCCUGCGCCGCAAGAUGGACUCGGACGGCUUCCUCCCCAUCACCCUGAUCGCCAGCUUCCACCGAGUGCAGGCACUGACCACUGACAUCAGCCUCAUCAUCAAGGCUCUGAAGGACAGCAAGGUGGUGGAAAUUGUGGAUGAGAAGAUCAGGAGAAAAGAGCAGCCAGAAAAAUGGGCUCUGCCUGGCCCUCCUAUGGCAGACUACACUCAGACUGACUUCUCACAAUUCAUCAAUUGCCCUGAGUUUGUCCCCCGGCAAAGCUUCCAAAAAGAGACAGAGUCUGCUCCUGGCUCCCCACGUCCUGCCAGCCCUGUCCCCACCAAAACAGAGGAGGUCAGUAACCUGAAGACAAUGCCCAAGGGCCUGUCCACAAGUCUACCAGACCUGGAUUCAGAGACAUGGAUUGAAGUGAAGAAGAGGCCUCGGCCUUCCCCAGCCAGGCCCAAGAAACCAGAGGAGUCAAAGACACCCCAGCAGCAAAAGCAAAAGGACCAAGAUGAGCCUGAGGAGCUCGACUUCCUCUUCGACGAGGAGAUGGAGCAGAUGGAUGGCCGCAAGAACACCUUCACCGACUGGUCAGAUGAAGAUUCCGAUUACGAGAUCGACGACCGCGACGUGAACAAGAUCCUCAUCGUGACGCAGACACCUCCUUACCUACGCCGGCAUCCUGGUGGGGACCGGACUGGCAACCACACCUCCAGGGCUAAAAUGAGCUCGGAGCUGGCCAAGGUGAUCAAUGAUGGGCUCUACUACUACGAGCAGGACCUGUGGACAGAGCAGUUUGAGCCAGAGUAUUCACAGAUCAAGCAAGAGGUGGAGAACUUCAAGAAGGUGAAUAUGAUCAGCAGGGAGCAGUUUGACACCCUGACCCCAGAGCCCCCCGUGGAUCCAAACCAAGAAGUCCCUCCAGGUCCCCCCAGGUUCCAGCAAGUACCUACAGACGCUUUGGCCAACAAGCUGUUUGGAGUCCCUGAGCCUUCCACCAUCGCCCGGUCUUUGCCCACGACUGUACCAGAGUCACCCAACUACCGCAACGCCAGGACCCCCCGCACCCCCCGCACGCCGCAGCUGAAGGACCCGACACAGACGCCCCGGUUCUACCCCGUGGUGAAAGAGGGCAGGACGAUAGAUGCCAAGACUCCACGGAAAAGGAAGACGAGGCACAGUUCGAACCCUCCGAUGGAGUGCCACGUGGGCUGGGUGAUGGACUCUCGGGAGCACAGGCCACGAACCGCCUCUAUCAGCUCCAGCCCCUCGGAGGGGACUCCAGCUGUCGGGAGCUACGGCUGCACCCCACAGUCCCUGCCCAAGUUCCAGCACCCUUCGCACGAGCUGCUCAAGGAGAACGGCUUCACACAACACGUCUACCACAAGUACCGUCGGCGCUGCCUUAACGAGCGGAAACGACUGGGCAUUGGUCAGUCCCAGGAGAUGAACACGCUUUUCCGGUUCUGGUCCUUCUUCCUCCGAGAUCACUUCAACAAGAAAAUGUAUGAGGAGUUCAAGCAACUGGCUGUGGAGGAUGGAAAGGAGGGAUACAGGUAUGGUCUGGAGUGCCUUUUCAGAUACUACAGCUACGGGCUGGAGAAGAAAUUCCGGCCAGACAUAUUUAAGGACUUCCAAGAAGAGACCAUCAAGGAUUAUGAAGCUGGGCAGCUCUAUGGGCUGGAAAAGUUCUGGGCCUUCUUAAAAUAUUCCAAAGCCAAAAAUCUGGACAUUAACAGCAAACUGCAAGAAUACCUCAGCAAGUUCAAGCGCCUCGAGGACUUCAGAGUAGAUCCACCCAUGGGGGAGGAAGGUGGACACAAGAGAUACCCUUCAACGUCAGGGGGAGAUGGCAGGAAGCGCUACCCAUCCCAGUCUUCCAGCAAAACGGUCAGCCAGUGCCCAUCCAGCCAAGCCCACGCCUCACCCAGCCAGCCUGCACAAGAGGAUGCCAAAAACCUGAGCCAGCAAUCCCCUGCCCCAUCGGCUGCAGAGUCGCAGACAGUGGGGAAGUAGAGAGGCUGCAGCGUCUGCUUCCUGCCGGGGGAUGGGGUGGGUUGGUGGGGGACUGGCUUGGAGAAGGGAAGACAUGAGGGGGUGGGACAGGAAGGGAGCUGGAAGGUGGGUGCCCAGGAAUAGGCUGCUUGGGAGAAACUUCAACGCACAUGAUCUUCUUCUCUUGUGGCUGGAAAGCAAAGACUAUCUACAUCUAAAACACCAUUUUGCUAUUACAACCCUGACCAGAGCCAGACCCGCUCCCAGCAGACCCACCCUUUCCUUUCCCUUCCCUCCCCUCCUGUGCACACACUCAUGUCUUAGCGUCUCUUCAAAAAAAAAAAUGUGUUCUGGUUGGGUUGGAAAGGGGAGAUUUUUUUUAUUAUUAUAUAUAUAUAUCAAGUUUUAAAUUAUUGCUAGAAGUUCGUCUGGAUUUACCAAAACAAGUCUGCUCUGUGUGGCCCCAACGACUCCCCUCUGUGUCCCCCCUCGGAUCUCGCG